AUGGAGACCGAAAGGCCUGGAACUGGCCCAUACGUCGCCCUUGUGCAUGGCAUGAGCAAGGAUGUUUAUCCAUACACUUUCAAGACGUCGAGAUGCCAAGAAGCAGAGAUUGGCGACGUGGAGGCGACAACACGACGCGCCAUACUUGCUCCAACAACGAUGGAGAAAGCGCUGAGGUGUCCAGGAAAGCCACAAAGUACAGCGGAUCUCUUUACCGACAAUUACACGUCGGGAGCCAAUGCAUCUCAUGAGUCGUUCGAUCACGCGCUAAGGUAUCAGGUCCCGACAUACCCAACAAUACCGCCACUUCAGCCUCUCAAUACGAGAAAUGGUACUCAUCGAGCCUGUGGUCUCGGCAUGUCUCGAAGCAAGCGUUUACCACGACCACCAUCCAUGCACUUCACGACUGUCGUUGAGCACAAACACCCGGCCUAUGCGCCUGCGCAGAUAGCAAAAAAAUGUAGCGUUGAGACAUUCAGUGUCUUUGAGAUUGACGACAUCGCCGAAGAAAAGGUAGCGAUUACCGGCUUCCUGAGUGUCCCAACACAAGGAAGACGCUCACGAGCGUCCUCCAUGUCCUCAGUCGUGUCGGAAAUAUCACACCAAGAGCCUGGAGCCAUCUACAUACGGCCAUCAGCACAGCUUCAGAACAUGCAAUCUGUUAGUGAUUGUGACAGGAAACUGCAAGAGGCUGCACGAUUCUACAGUUCGGCCAUAUGCAAACCGAACAAUCUGGGGAUCCAUACGCCCACUGGAACCCCAGAAUCAAUUUCCAACAUUCCUUUCAGGACCAGUGUGUACCAAGCGCACGCCAAACUCAACCGCUCUCUCCAAUCUAUUCCGACCCUAGGAAGUUGUAAGAGCAUACAAAACUGGGCCAGAUCAAGCGAAUGGGUAGAGCCUUGUCAAACGGCCGAAGGACCGACUGAAUGGAUCGAAGACUUUCUCACCCGCAAGGAGCAAGCAGAUCGUGCCGAAGAGGAGCAGACACGCAAUGAGAAAAAAGAAAAAGUCACCGUCAUGCGUGGGAACAGCCUUGACAAAUUCAGGAGAAGGCUCAGCAUAAGAAGAGUUCCGGAGGAGAGAAGAAACACUGUACCGCGACGGAGAAAGUCAGACAUGGUUAGCACGCGUGAUCGGACAAGAGCUGUUUCGUGGGACAUACGUACGCACGAGAAUAUUCUUGGACGAUACGAUUUUCCCAGCGGACUUUCUUCCGAACACUCUCCAUCGCCACCACCCCUCAACAGCGUGGAAAAGCCACCAACUCAGCCAGCACCAGCGCCAGCGCCACAGCAACCCCCGGUCUCCCACGAUUCAAUUCCGACCAUAAAAGACCCACUUAAAGAAAACAUGUCACAGCUCUCUUUGCACACGCCAAAAUACGCGUGUCACGAUCGCUCAUCAUCGAAAAACAGCGGUCUUCCUAGGUUGAAAUUCAGAUCCGUAACUAUGAUUGGCGCAGACGUGAAGAAAAGCUUUUGUACGACCGUCGUCCCUGUUAUUGUAGAAGGGAAAAACAACAUCUCCGAAUUGGUGAGUAAAAUGGAGAAGCUUGGGCAGGGCUUGACUUGGGGGAAGAUUGGGAAGAAGGUGAGAUUUAAGAGGAAGGGCAAGGGAAUGAAGAGGAAGGAUAGUGCAUCGACACGGUGA